AUGCUCAGGAUGUUCAGUAACACCGGGACUCUCAGCCCCGCCUCCAACCUCGGCUCCUCCCCCUCCUCGGACACGUGACCGUGACAUCAGCGCUGAAUGAGUUCGGCAGCAGUAGCGACAAUUCCGCAGGUCCCACUCUCCGCUAAUGGGCAAAGAAUAAUCCGUGGCAUUAACACUCCAUAAAAGAUUAUCCGAUUUCACAUUUCAUGGUUCAACGCGUGGCCCGUUAACUGCCAAUGGCGUCACUUGGAAGAAUCAGCGCAGCCCUGCACUCUGCCUACAGCCUCUUGCAGCCCGUGGCCUGUAGAUCUUUCCUCCCUGCUGCCUGUCAAUUACACGGCUCCCCCUGGCUCCACGACUCCAACAGAACCUCCAUAGUGCGCUGCGGCCGGAAGACUCACAUCCACCAGUAUCCAGUGUUACUGGUCCAACCCGACGGCUCUACCAUCACCAUCCAGUACAAGGAGCCCCGCAGGAUCCUCAUGAUGCCGGUGGAUAUCAGCAGUCUCUCGGAGGAGGAAAGGAAGGCGCGGCUACGCAAGCGGGACCAGGCCAAGAAGGUUAAAGUGAAACAAGACAGAGAGGAGAUUGAGGACGGCUUCAGUGUAGACCAAUACAGUCAAUUUUGGAAGAAAAAAUAAGGAUCUUUUUGAUUCUAAAUGUUAAUAAAUGUAUUCCCUAACCCUA